CCAGGAAGCAGGUGCUGUGGCAAUAGCUCGUUUGGCAUCGUGGCGCGCAACGAAUGAAAAUGACACACCAGAAGCACUUAGGUGGCUCGAUCGAACGCUCAUUAGAUUGGUUAGCUUAUACAAUCAUAAGUGCCUGUUGCCAUUUGCAGUGUGCCAAAAGUUUGGAGAAUACGUAAAGGAUGAUCCAAAUUCGUUCCGAUUGUCAGACAAGUUCUCGCUUUUCCCUCAAUUCAUGUUUCAUCUGAGGAGGUCACAAUUUUUACAAGUCUUCAAUAAUUCUCCCGACGAAACUGCCUACUACAGGCACAUUCUGUUCUCAGAAAAUGUUCUCGAAAGUACAACCAUGAUUCAGCCGGUCUUGUUCAGCUAUUCAUUCAGCGGUCCUCCCGAGCCUGUUCUUCUUGACACAUCUUCAAUUCUGCCAGACAGAAUACUUCUUAUGGAUGAUUAUUUCCAUGUGUUGAUCUAUCAUGGACAGACGAUAGCCGCAUGGAAAAAGAUGAACUAUCAUGAAGAUCCACAAUACGCCACCUUCAAGCAAUUACUGGAAGCUCCAGUUAGCGACGCGACUGCUAUUCUACAAGAACGUUGGCCAAUGCCUCGAUAUAUUGUAACGGAGUACGAAGGAUCUCAAGCUCGUUUCCUGUUAUCGAAAGUUAAUCCGUCAUUGACGCACAAUAAUCCUUACGCGUCGGUAAGCCGUUUGCCUGAUAUCGGGUUACUUAAGUUCACAUAAUA